GGGAACGGCUUUCCUCGAGGUCGGCCCAGGCGGGGUCCCCCCGCGAGCCGGCCGAGUACUCACCGUGCAGGGUCAGGAAGUCCCGGCCCGAGUCCAUGCCCGACGGACGGCGCGGCGGGAGGGGGGCGCCGCGGGACACUCGUCCGCAGCGACAGCGCGGGCGGCCUCGGGUCCGAGAGGAGUGCAGGGGAGGGCCCCGAAUGGAGUGAGGAGGGAGGACGCCGGAGGUGCUCCCGGGACUCCGUUCCGCCCCCCGCCCGCCCGCGCCCCCGCCCCCGCCCCCUGGGCCCUCCAACCAGCGCCUCUCCCCGCCCCUCCUGGGGGUUGGGGAGGAGAGCAGAGGUGGGGACCGGGAAGCCGGGCCAUCCCUGGCCCAGGCCUGUGGGCGCGUCCCGGCCAGAAAUAGCCGGAUCUCUCUGGCUUCCUCAGCCACCGCCACCCACAGGCCGCGGACCCUGUCAUUAUCGCCGGCGGCCCGGCCCCACUCCCUGCCUGUGGGCGCCUCGCCGGGGUUGGGGUGAUGCCCGAAAGAAUCUGGAGUCCUUCUGGGGCAAGGACCGCGUAACGUUCGACGCCCAGCCGGGCUGGUGCGAAAGGGAGCCUCGGAGUCCAGGCGCCAGCCGCUGCUCCCCGGAUGUCUGCUUUCCCUUCUGCAAAAUGGGUGCACGGACGCGAGUGAGGAGGUCCUUGGAGAGGUCCUCCUCUCCGUAAAGGCAACACUGCCGUGCGAACGUUUACGAGGAUGACGACUCGACAGCGCCCUUUAACAGACGCAAAGCGGAAGAGGUGGGCCGGAAGUGGAAGUGCGGCAGGGAGUUAGCGGCGUCUCAGUUGCCAUGGAGACUGGAAGGGGAGAGCAGCAGUCCGCAGAGUCUGAGUCCUACGCCUUCGCUGAGGCGACGUGGACGCCAACUCCGCGUCCGACCCGGAUCCGCAGCCCCAGCCAGUCCUCCCUCGCCUACUCCGAGUCUUUCUACCAGCCAGGUAGUCGGCCCCGCCGCGUUUCGCCGCUCACGCUCCGGCCGCUCCCCGAGCCGCACCUGCUGCGCCUGCGCCCCACCUCGCCGCGCACCCAAGACAUCUCUUACUUGCUCACCGGCGUCUUUCAAAACUUGUAUACCGCCGAGGUGAUUGGCGAGGAGGUGAGUGCGAGUUUGAUCAAGGCCCGCGGCAGCGAGGAUGCUCGGCACGAGGAGUUCGUGGACCAGCUUCAGCAGAUUCGGGAGCUCUAUAAGCAGCGGCUGGAUGAAGUUGAAAUGUUGGAGAGACAUAUCAUUCAGGCCCGCGCACGGGCCCUUGCGGAGAAAGAGCGGGCCAUGCACCAGGCCGAAGUACAGGUCCUUGAGCCGUUCAUCAAGAUGCCUCCAGUGAAGACCAUCUUCAGGUGGUGUGUGGACAACGAGUUGCUACAGAAGCAUCAUUUGAUCUGCCCGAAUGAUUACUACAGCGAUACAGUGCCCUUUUGCUCUGCACCUAAAGGUGCCUUUGUCCCUGGAUAUUCAAAACUGACGUUUAGUUUUGAGAAACGUUCUGUCCCAAAGAUAGAGCUGACCAAGAAGCUUGCCUGCAGGAAGAUGCCCUCUCAGUCUGAAGAGGAGACAGACUACACCAUGGACAGCCUGACAUGGGACUCAUCUUUUAAGGGCAAACUCAGAUCCAGAGCAACUGCCGAGAAAACAGGUUCACCGAAGAAUAAAAACUGGAUGAACCAUUUACGUGUGCCCCAGAGGCAGCUGGAGCGGCUUCUGCUCGCCAGGAUGGAGAGUCGGAACCGCUUCCUGAAAAACCCUCGCUUUUUCCCUCCUAACACUCCGUUUGGAGGCACGUCUCUUCUCUUUCCUCCCAAGAAGUCAGCACUGAUAGGAAAAUUCCAGGAUGGAGAGCUGGAAGAGAGUUGUGCUGAUACUCCAGUGUUUCUAGCUAAGCCCUCAAUCGCAUUUUUCACAGAUUAUGAAAUUGGACAAGUUUAUGAGAUGGUGAUCUCGCUGCAGAACACCACGUCCACCAGCCACCACCUGCGAGUCCUCCCGCCGUCUACGCCCUACUUCGCUCUGGGAUUGGGGAUGUUCCCAGGAAAAGGUGGAAUGGUGGCUCCUGGAAUGACCUGCCAGUACACUGUCCAGUUUUUUCCCGACUGCCUUGGGGGUUUUGAUGACUUUAUUUUAGUGGAGACCCAGUCAGCACACACGCUGCUGAUCCCCCUGCAGGCCCGGAGGCCGCCCCCAGUGCUGACGCUGUCGCCGGUGUUGGACUGUGGUUACUGCCUCAUUGGGGGCAUGAAGAUGACCAGAUUCAUCUGCAAAAACGUGGGCUUCAGCGUGGGCAAGUUCUGCAUUAUGCCUAAGGAGAGCUGGCCGCCGCCAAGCUUCAGAGCUGUUGCAACCACCGGCUUUGUCGAGCAGCCUCCCUUUGGGAUCCUGCCGUCAGUGUUCGAGCUGGCUCCGGGGCAGGCCGUAUUCGUGCAGGUCCUGUUCCUCCCAACCAGCCUGGGAAAGGCAGAGCAGACCUUCAUCAUCGUGUGUGACAACUGCCAGAUAAAGGAGCUGGUGACCACAGGAAUCGGGCAGCUGGUGGCUCUGGAUCUGAUCUAUGUUUCUGGUGAAAAAAGUCAGCCGGAGCCCGGAGAGCUCACAGACUUAACAGCCCAGCACUUCAUACGCUUUGAGCCUGAAAACCUUCAGUCCACGGCCAGCAAACUGCUGAUUAUUAGAAACGCCACGCACGUGGAGCUGGCCUUCCGCUGGCAGAUCGUGAAGCCCAACCUGAGGCCCCUAAUGCCUGGAGAAACCUACAGCCCGGACAGCAUCAAGUCCCACCCCGACAGGGAGACGGCCUUCUCCAUCGCCCCCGACACGGGAGCUCUCGAGCCCCACACGGACCACGAGUUCCUCUUGAGCUUCUCUCCUCGAGAGCCCAGGGAUUUUCACAGCGUGCUCCAGAUGGUGCUAGAGGAAGUCCCAGAGCCCGUGAGCUUGCACUUGGAAAGCCCGAAGGAUCCCUCAUACUCUGUGGAUGACGUGAUUGUCCUGGAAAUCGAGGUGAAAGGCUCAGUGGAACCUUUCCAGGUUCUCUUAGAACCAUAUGCCCUCAUCAUCCCCGGGGAGAACUACGUUGGGAUGAACGUGAAGAAGGGUUUCAAGAUGUGGAACAACAGCAGAUCAGCCAUCAGGUACACGUGGGGGAAGAUCAGCGACUGCCACAUCGUUGAAGUGGAGCCCUGCACGGGGACCAUCGGUACUGCAGGGGCCGAGGGGGGCGCUGGCUGGGGAAGGAGAGCUCGAGGUGAAAGGGGCCUGUGCAGGGGUCCAUGGCCCCCUGAUCAGCUCCAGCCUCAGCCUGGCCCUGUGUUGGAGCCCAGCGAGGUGGAGGAUUUUCAGUUGAACUUUACCGGGGGUGUCCCCGGCCCGACGAGCCAGAGCCUGCUGUGUGAAAUCAAAGACUCCCCCUCACCCGUGGUCUUACACGUCGAGGCGGCCUUUAAGGGGCCUGCCCUCGUCAUCGACGUCUCAGCCCUUCAGUUUGGUUUGCUGCGCCUGGGGCAGAGAGCCACAAACUCCAUCCAGAUCCGGAACGUCAGCCAGCUCCCGGCCACGUGGUCCAUGAAGGAGAGCAGGGUCUGCCUGCAAGAAAGGCAAGAGGGCGUGUCUCCCUUCGUCAUCGAGCCAUCCAGUGGCCAAGUUCAGCCGCUGGGGGAGUGCAGAGUGAGCAUCACGUUGGAGGCCCGGCACUGCCAGUGUCUGCAGACUGUCCUGAAGCUGGAGGUGGUAAACGGGACCUGCAGCCACCUGCCUGUGUAUGCCGAGGUGCAGGAGCCCUACGUGUACCUGCAGAGCAGCCAGGUGGAGGUCACCAACCUCUACGUGGGCGUGCCCACCAAGACGCCUGUCACACUCAUCAAUGGCACACUCCUGCCCACCCAGUUCCACUGGGGCAAGCUCCUGGGGCUCCAAGCAAGCUUCUGCACAGCAAAAGUCUCCCCGAGACGUGGCACGCUGGGCCCCCGUGAGGAGCGCCAGUUCAGCCUAGAGUUGACUGCUCAUACCCAGGACGAGUUGAUGGACCUGGCCCUCCCUUGUAACGUGUUGGGCGUGAAGGAGCCACUGGUUCUGGGCAUUUCCGGGAAACCCCGGGGACUGCAGGUGGCCAUCGCCAUCUCUACAGAGGACAGCGACAGCAGUGUUGCCAGUGCAGAGCUGUGGCCAGGCCACCCGGAGAGGCUCCACCUGGACUUCGGCUCAGCAGUGCCGCUGCGGACCCGCGUGAAUCGCCAGCUCAUCCUGACCAACUGUUCCCCGAUACAGACCCCUUUUACCCUCAAGUUUGAGUACUUUGGGAGCCCUGCAAACAGCCUGCGCCAAAAACCCAGCCUCCCCGACAUGCCUCCUGCCCUGCUGAAGAUGGCUCGGAUGCGGGAGCUCUUGGCCAAGCGAGAGCAGCUGGAGUUUAUGGAAAGCAUGCUGUCCCACGGGAAAGGAGCUGCCUUCUUUCCCCACCUCUCCCAGGGCGUGCUGGGGGCCCACCAACAGCUUGCCAUUGACCUCACAGCCUGUGCGAACAUGUGGGGCGAGUACUGGGACAGCCUCAUCUGCACAGUGGGAGACCUGCCUCCAGCGGUCAUCCCGGUGCACAUGGCGGUGGUGGGCUGCCCCAUCAGCUUCCACAGGACCACCCACUACACCGCUGACCAGAUCCAGAAGGAGCCUCUUGUCAGGUUCGGCACCCAGGUCUCUGGAGGAGACACAGUCACCCGGAUCCUUCGCCUGAGUAAUUCCAGCCCCUGUGACAUCCGCCUGGACUGGGAGACCUACGUUCCAGAGGCCAGGGAGGACCGGCUGCUGGAGCUGCUGGUGUCCUAUGGGCCACCCUUCCCGCUGCGGGACCAAGCUGGGAACGGCCUCCUGUGCCCUGAGACCAGCAGCUCCUUCUGGUCCCCAAGUCCCUCUGACGUGUCCAAGUCCAGCCAUGAAGCUGCCCAGUCUGCUGAGGGCGGCUCCAGUGCCGGCGCCUCCCAGGAAAUCAUCUCGGUCACCCUGCAGGGACGUGAGGGGGUGCCCUCUGACGAGCCGUUCUCCAUCAGCCCCAAGCAGGUGGUGGUCCCCGCAGGGGGCAGCAGCACCAUCCGCAUCUCCUUCACACCCGUGGUCCUGGGCCCCGACGUCCUGCACAAGGUGGAGUGUACUGGCUCCGCCCUGGGCUCCAUGAGCUUGGAUGACGAGGUGGAGAGGGAGCUUCCGGGGAGGAGGCGCCGCCUGCCGGGCUCGGCUGUGGGACCCGUGAGGCUGCACCUGCAAGGCUACGUGAGGCCCGCGCAGCUGAGCGUGGAGCUGGACUCUGGCGGCAGCAUGGUGUUCUGGCACCAGGCCAGCGACCUCAUCCCCGAGCAGCGCUGUGCUGGGGUGCUGAGUGAGCUGGUGACCACCCACCACCUGAAGCUGACCAACACCACGGACAUCCCACACUACUUCCGGCUCCUGGUCUCCAGGCCCUUCUCUGUUUCUCAAGAUGGAGUGAGCCGCAGCCACAGGGCUCCCGGUCCCAGCUGGAAGCAGGAGUGCAAGGAGGGGACAGCAGCAGCCGGCAAGCAGCUGGUACUCUACCCACAGGAGAACAUGCUGGUGAAUGUGUCCUUUUCCCUCUCCCUGGAGCUGCUCUCCUAUCAGAAGCUCCCGGCUGACCAGAUGUUGUCUGGAGUGGACAUUCAGCAGAGCGCGAGUGGAGAGAAAAAGAUGGUCUUCACUCAGAAUCUGCUUCUGGAAUACAGCAACCAGACCACUCAGGUGGUGCCCCUGCGGGCCGUCGUGGCCGUGCCCGAGCUGCAGCUCUCCACCAGCUGGGUGGACUUCGGGACCUGCUUCGUGAACCAGGGCCGCGUCCGGGAGGUCUACCUGAUGAACCUGAGCGGCUCCCGGAGCUACUGGGCCGUGUUGACAGGGUCUCCCCAAGCAGCGGGCUGCUGGAGGCACGACCGGUCAACGCGCCCCCCACCUCCGUCCCCCUCCAGGUUUCCUUCACCGCCAGGAGCUGUGAGCUGUACGAGUCCACGCUGGUGGUGGAAGGCGUGCUCGGUGAGAAAUCCGGCACCCUGCGGCUCCGGGGCCGAGGCUCGUAUGACGAGAGAUAUGCAUCACCCUACUAGCUCUGAGCCUCUGCCCUCAACCCCCAUUACUGGAAAUAAACACGGCCCAGAGCUAUGGAGCAGGUUUACUGGGCAAAGGCACCUACUGGAGGACCUCUGAACAGCUCCUGGGAUGGAGGGACCCCCCCCCACCCCGCAACCUGCCCCACCACUUCCAGGCCCUGCACCCUGUGUCCUCAGAGCUAAUACAAAGGGUCGGCCACGCCCCUGUGGAGACCAGAGCAGUUAAAAGAGUCACUAUUCAGAUUCAGCAGAGGCAGGACUAGCAUACCAAGAACUGGCUCUUUCUUGGGGGAAAAAACCACAGCCACGGAGAGAAGGUAAUGCGUUUACUAUGUUUACUGCACUCCGCAUCCACAGGCCCCUUCCCCCAGGAAUCACACGGUGGCCUUGCAGGCUGGGUGAGCCAGGCCAACUUUGCCUGUCUCAGCUAGAGGGGCCCGACAGACGGCAGCCCGAUACCUCACCCGCUCCCGUACUGUCUCAUCAGUGUUCACAUUUGCCAGCUCAGCUGAAGUGCCUUGACUUGCCACUGCCACCAGUGCUGGGACUCCCCAGGUGUCACGUCUGUAGCGCUACUGCCAGAGCACUCGGCUGGGCCUCUUUCAGUUUCCAGGGUAUUCGAAGACGGCGGCGGCUCCCAUGCCGGUCCCGAUGCACAUGGACACCACCCCAUACGCCCUGUGGAAGCAAAAUGUGCUGGUUGGGUGAAGGCACAAAGGGCAGAAGCCCAGCCACCAAGCUCUCCCCGGACCAGGCUGAGCUGGGUGGACCAAGGCCUUCACGGGCACAGGACGCCAGACCUCAGGGAACGUGGUUCCCGGCCUGCCCGCCGAGGGGCGCGCACACGGUGGCCGAUGCCUGCCGCAGGCCAGGGGCCGAUCUCCUCGGCUCGGAGUGUGUGGGGGGCGGGGGCGCGUACACCUCCCCCCAUCAGGCGCACCAGCUGGGCCCCCCCCCGACCCCCACGGGGACCGGCCUUACCGCCUCCCGCGGCGCUUCAGCUCGUUGAGCAGCGUGAUGACCUGUCGUGCCCCAGUGCAGCCCAGCGGGUGGCCCAAGGCCACCGCACCCCCCAGAGGGUUCACCUUCUCAGGGGGCAGUUGCAGCUUCUCCACACAGUAGACGACCUGGAGGGAGGCUGAGCAUCAGUGUAGCUCCCUCCCCAGUCCCCCGCACCACCCUCCCGCUGCCUCCAACUGGGCGACCCAGGCAACAAUGCAAAACAGGCUCACCUGACUUGCGAAGGCCUCAUUGAUCUCAAAGAUGUCCACGUCCUCCACCGUCAACCCUGCAGGCAAGCGGAAAAGACCUGAGCUGACCCAGCGGCCCCUUAGCAGGCUUCUCAGACUCCCUGGGGCCCUACGCCAUCCAUGGCCUGGAGGCUGGGCUGCCCGGUGUGUCUGCCUCUGUUCCAGAUGGGUGAGCGGGUCCCAGGUGUGGGGUCAGGAAGGGGUCGGGGUGCCCCACCUUCACUCUGCGGCACCCACAGGCCCACCCCGGGCACCCGCCUCUGGCAACAGCACGAGAGGCAGGGGCUGGAUCCAAACCUAGGGUGUGAAGGAGCCAUCUUACCUGCUUUUUGCAAAGCUACAGGGAUGGCAUAGGCAGGUCCAACGCCCAUGAUGUCAGGCGGGACCCCAACCACUGCGUAGGACCUCAGGACCCCAAGGAUGGGAAGGCCCAACUCUUCUGCCUUGGACCUCCUGGCCAGCAGGAUGGCAGCUGCCCCGUCACUCACCUGGCUAGAGUUUCCUAGAGGCAAACCACAGGGUUAAGGAGGCCUCGGGGCAGCUCCGAGGAGGUCCAGACCUUCCAUAUCCACCCUGCCCGGUGGCUCCAGGCUCCCAGAGGAGAACACCCGGCACGGAAGCAGCCCCCUCCUCACCCCACCCCCAGCCCAGUCUCACCAGCUGUGGUAGAGCCCCCCUUCUUGAAGGCAGGCUUCAGUUUGGCCAGGCCCUCCAGGGUGGUGUCGGGGCGGAUGCCCUCAUCGUGGGCCACGGUGACACUUCUCUCAGUGCCCUUGUCAUCACGGACCGUGGUGGUCACAGGCACAAUCUCAGCUUGGAAACAGCCCUUGCUCUGGGCUCUGGCUGCCCUGCCAGCACCGUGGACAGCCAGGCUCAGGUUUCCAUGGGGUUACCUUCCUUCCUGGGGUCCCUCCCUGAGGCCUCCGCCUCCUGCCCUGCCCUCUGGGACAGACAUGCAAGCUCAGACUGCUACAUGCGGGGUCACACUCACCUCGGGGGCAGUGCACAGGGUCCCCUACUACCCCACCUGCCCUGGGACUGGGAAGCCCAGGGCUUUACAGGGACUUCUUGGCCAUCAGCCUUAGAUCUUCAGAUCCUGGCUUAUCCCAACCUCAAAGGGGAGGGGGAAGUUUGGAAGUGGCGGCUCCCCUUUGAGACCUUCACCCAAGAGGGACUAAGUCAAACUGAGGCUGGAGCCCCAGGAAUAUUUGCGCUGGGUUCUGCCAGCUUUUCUGUUCCCUCCCGUCGCUCAAUUCCAUCCAUUCCCCAUGUUUCCACGUGAUUAAAAUGACAUAUACUACCCUGAAUAUAUCUAUGCAAAAUUUGCAUGAGUGACACGAUUAACACAGACUUGUUAGUGAAAUAAAAUCUUUUAAAUGUCAAAAUAAAAUAAAAUGCCAUAUA